GAGAAGUUUGAAGGCUUGUUCCGUGCCUACGAUGACUGCGUGACGUUCCAGCUCUUUAAAAGCUUCAGGCGCGUGCGGAUAAACUUCAGUAGUCCCAAAUCCGCUGCUCGUGCCAGGAUAGAGCUGCAUGAAACACAGUUCAGAGGGAAGAAGUUAAAGUUGUAUUUUGCACAGAUCCAGACCUCCGAGACAGAUGGAGACAAGCUGCAUUUGGCACCGCCACAGCCUGCAAAACAGUUUCUCAUCUCGCCUCCAGCCUCCCCACCUGUAGGGUGGCAGCCAAUAGAUGAUGCAACGCCUGUCAUCAACUACGACCUCCUUUAUGCAGUUUCUAAGCUAGGACCAGGAGAGAAGUACGAGCUGCACGCAGGAACAGAGUCCACUCCCAGUGUGGUAGUGCACGUCUGCGACAGCGACAUGGAAGAAGAUGAGGACCCAAAGAAUUCUCCAAAGCCAAAAAUCAUUCAAACCCGGCGCCCUGGUCUGCCACCGCCUGUAUCUAACUGAGCCUCUCCGGCAGAAGCGGCACUUCUCUCCUCCAGCACAGCUCUUGGGUUUUGUUUGCUUCGUUUCGUUGAAAGGCAGCCAUUGCCUUCUGAGUACCAGGACAUUCAACUCAUUGAAAUCCCUUCACAGUAAUCAAGCCUAUGUAAUUAAAGGGCUAGG